CCAGCGACAGUUUGCCCCGUCGAAGGGUUUAUGCUUCGAUGCGUCUAGCGAACGAUCAAGAUGACACGCAGGUCCUCGAUGUCGAUUCCCCUCAUUCAGGUGGCGGCGACGUUUUUAUGGCCGGUGAAACCGUUCCGCUUGAUUGCGGAGAGACACAGCGGGUGGAUAGCGGUGAUGAACAAUUCGGCGAGGGGUUUGAAAACUGGGGACAGACACAGGUGAUGGAUGAAUUUGAGGAGACUGAGGUAGUACGGGAUGAAGAUGAAGAUGGAGGAGGGCAGUCGGAGAGGACGGAGUUGGUGACUGAUGAGGAGGAAUUGGGUGAUGACUUUGUAGGAGAGGUUGAACCAGGUGUGAGAACUAAAGAUGCGGACUUGGUAGAUCCUGAUGCAUCUACUGAUGAAGAGGGGGGUUGCGGCAGUGGUGAACCAGAAUGCUCAAGGAAGAACUUUGUUGCUACUCCCAUAGCAGCUUUGCAAUCUUCUGGUUUUGCAAAUGUGGCUUGUGUUCCAAUUGGCAAGAAGUUGGAAUCAUCUACUCUGGCUGACGAGAACUUUAAUACACAUAAUCAUGAGAAAGUUGAAGGUCAUACUUUAAUGAAGGCUAGCUGGAUGGAGACAAUUCCUUGCAGUGAAUCAAAUCUGAAUACUGUAGGCACAAACAAGGAUGAAAUUGCUUUGGACCAUGAAGCUGAGAACUCAUCCAGGUUCAUAGAGGGCUACAGUGGAAAGACUCUGUAUCAGGAGGAAGAAACUGAACUUAGAUCAGAAUUAAAUAAAGAAAUUUUGUUGUCCCAAUCUCCACAAAGAUGCAAUAUAGCUGCUGCAGGUUUGAGCUAUAUUUCAUCCCAAGAGCCUGGUGUUCAGUCCCAAGCCAUUGCAUUAGGUGUUGUGGACAAGUUCCUUUCAUUAAAUAGUGAGAGAUUAUCUCCAGACAUUAACAAUGAGAAUAUGGAGACAGUUCUAUCACUUCCUAUUGCUAGUGUGAAAAGGGCUCAGUGUCUUGUGAGGAAAUCUGAUAAAAGCACAGAAAAAGUUCACGUAUAUGACUGGAUUGACGCCAUUGAGGAUGAAGGAGGAGGUGAAUUAUUCAGCAGAAGAAAAAACUCCUUCUUUGAGUGCAAAGGGAGUAAACAAGUAUCACGCAGACUCCCUUCAGAGGCUAUACUUAGAGGUUCCGAGAUGAUCAAUGGUGUUGAUAACAAGAGCAGUACUAAAUCAAAGGACCUUUUUAAUGACUUGAAAGAGCAAACAAAUAGAGAAACAAUGGAACAAUUGGAGAAAUCUGAUAUUCAUGUAAGUGAUGAAGGUGUUUAUAAUUUUGGUCCUGACACUCAAAUGGCAGUUGAAGCAAUACAGGCCUUGGGUCAUUCAUCUCCUGUUCAUUUUGAACCGACUAAUCCACAAUCAAAACAUGGACAGGUUACUAGCACUUCGAUAAAAAUUAAAAAAACUAACAGAACUUGUUCAAGAAAUGCUCCUACAAGGAAGAAGAUUAAUGAAUCUGAAGGAAUUAUAACACGUUCCAAACGGCAAAGCAACAUCACCAAAUCAAGAACAAAAAGCUGCAAUUCCUCUUCAAAACAAUCCACUAAGUUGAGAACAAAGAUGGUUUUCGAGGAUCUUACAACUGAAAUAACUGCAAAGAUAACAGUGAAGAAAUCAAAUGAAAACCAUAAAGGACAGAUUUCGGUCAACAAUGGAGAAUAUGCUGAGAUAAUGAAGAAUAUGGUAGAUAAAGAGCUUGAAAAGUCUCCUGUUCCAGUGACACUCUGUAAACAGCCUUCAGUUGGUGUAAAUUGCGCUGUUGGCACUAGUGAGAAAUAUACAUCACCUGUUGCACAUCGUACUAGACGUUCAAAAGCAACUGAGCUGUUGAACCUCAAUAAAACAUUAUCUAAUGGCCCUGGCAAAGAUACAAGCAGGAUGAAUUUGCGCUCCCAUAGAACACUUGAGAUGAAGGAUGAAUUUGUUUCAAAUACAUCAGUAGUACCAAAAAUCAAUAAAAAUGGUCGAAAUUUAAGCUUGAAUGUAACAAUCCAAAGUGCCUGUGGAUUCAGCGGUCUUGCCGAUGCAGUUGAGGUGGAGAGAGAGCAUGUUGAAGAAACAGCACCAUUUCAUGACAGAGAUGCAUACAGCGAAUCUAAAAGAAGGAAAAUGAAAAACAUUGAUACAGAAAAUAAAAAAAGCGUUAGGAAAAUGAAUAAUCAUUCAAAAUCAUUAGAUGUUAUUGCUCCAACAGAUCCAAAGCCCACUAUUCAGAUGAAAAAGCGUAAAGUAUUUAUCAGAAGUUUUGCUGAAAUUUUAGAUACAGUAAAGCGAAGGAAGCGGUCAGUUUCUUCAAGCAGCAAGUUCGAGUCUGAUGGCAUUACUUCUAAUUUUGGAAAGAUGAGAAAUGAAUCUGGCUUCAGGACAAGGCCAUCUUUGCUUUCAGAUAUUUUGAAGCCUUAUUUUGCUAAUGAUGCCCGUUUUAAGGAUCAACUCUCUUGCAAAGCUGCUUCUGAUGGAACCUCUAACACGUGUUCGGUUUCUUCUGUAAAGCAAGUUGUUAAUAAUCAUAACCUUGAAACAUCUAAAGAAAGUGUUCGAUCUAGAUUGCUUGCAGAAGUUGUAAAAGAAGAUACCAAACCUGAUGGGUCAGCUAAUGCAAUCAGUCAAUCUGGUUUACCAUGUUCACCUGCAGCCGGUGGAAAUGUAGCUUCACCUGUUUGUAACCCUCAUGAUAGCUCAAGAAUAUCGUUCCGUAAAUCUUUGUCAGGAUCUCCUAUUUCUAGGGAACUUAUCCGGUUGGAAGCUUCUUAUGCAUCGCCAUCAAAGUUGAAUGAGGUACGAAGAAGAAAAGAUAUGGCAUGUUUUCAGGUUUGUUUCAGCAAUCAUUUAAGCAAGGAUGUAAUCAAUCAUCAGAAAAAGAUAUUGAAACGGUUAGGAAUUCAGGAUGUCUCCUCCAGUAUAGAAGCAACACAUUUUGUUGCUGAUAAAUUUGUGCGAACUAGAAACAUGUUAGAGGCGAUGGCUAUGGGUAAACCAGUGGUAACGCCUAUGUGGCUUGAAAGCUGUGGACAGGUAAGCUCCUUUAUUGAUGAAAAGAACUACAUCUUGAGAGAUGUAAGGAAGGAAAAGGAGAUUGGUUUCAGCAUGCCUGUUUCGCUCGCACGUGCUUGCCAGCAUCCACUGCUGCAGGGUAAAAGGGUGUUUAUCACACGAAAUGCAAGACCUAACCAAGAGCUUAUUUCCAGCUUAGUUAAGGUAGCUGGUGGUCAGCCAUUAAAGAGAAUCGAGCUGUCCAUGACUGAAGAAGAUAAACAACCUGACAAUCUUCUGAUUCUCACUGGUGAAGAAGAUUUUGCAGUUUGUGAACCUCUCCUUGAGAAAGGAGCAGCUGCUUUCAGCUCAGAGCUUUUACUCAAUGGCAUUGUUGUUCAGAAGCUGGAAUAUGAGAGACACCAACUCUUCCUGAAUCAAGUUAAGAUGUCACACUGAACAGUUUUGCUUGACUGUAAAGAUGGAAAAGAGUUCCUCCCUGUAAAAAAAUUGUAUUUAUUCCUUUUUUUUGGGUUAUAUUGUCCUGUUUGCUUAUAUAUUCAAAGGAAUCCUAAUGUAAUUUAUGAGAUGUCAAGGCCAUAAAUAUGGUGUUUCUAUUGUAUAGUGUUUGUCCCCUUCUGUGAUUGAACUACUUUUUCUUUCUUUCUUUCUUUUUGAUCUAAUGCAGGCUCAGAGCAUAAUUCUUACAUGUU